CCGGCGGCCCCGCCCGCCGCUCUCGGGAUUUAAUCACAGGGGCCGUCCGGCCGCGCGAUCUCCGGCGCCGGUGCAGCACCGCCGACAUGGCGUCCACCAGCCGUUUGGAUGUACUUCCGAGGGUGACUUGCCCAAAUCAUCCAGAUUCCAUUUUAGUGGAGGACUACAGAGCUGGUGAUAUGAUUUGUUCUGAGUGUGGGCUAGUAGUAGGUGACCGGGUCAUAGACGUGGGGUCGGAGUGGAGAACGUUCAGCAAUGACAAAGCAACCAAAGACCCAUCUCGAGUUGGGGAUACCCAGAAUCCUUUGCUCAGUGAUGGUGACUUGAGUACAAUGAUUGGCAAGGGCACAGGUGCAGCAAGUUUUGAUGAAUUUGGGAAUUCAAAGUACCAAAAUCGCAGAACUAUGAGCAGCUCUGAUCGUGCGAUGAUGAAUGCUUUUAAAGAAAUUACAAACAUGGCAGACAGAAUCAACCUCCCUAGAAAUAUAGUUGAUCGAACAAAUAAUUUAUUCAAGCAAGUGUAUGAGCAAAAGAGCCUGAAGGGGAGAAGUAAUGAUGCUAUUGCUUCUGCUUGUCUCUACAUAGCCUGUAGGCAAGAGGGUGUUCCAAGAACAUUUAAAGAAAUAUGUGCAGUGUCCAGGAUUUCAAAGAAAGAAAUAGGCCGGUGUUUUAAACUUAUCUUGAAAGCUCUGGAAACCAGUGUUGAUUUGAUUACAACUGGCGACUUCAUGUCACGAUUCUGUUCUAAUUUGGGUCUUCCCAAACAAGUACAAAUGGCAGCAACACAUAUUGCCCGUAAAGCUGUGGAAUUAGACUUGGUUCCUGGGAGAAGCCCUAUCUCUGUAGCAGCUGCAGCUAUUUACAUGGCGUCACAGGCUUCUUCAGAGAAAAGGACACAAAAAGAAAUUGGUGAUAUUGCUGGUGUGGCUGAUGUUACAAUUAGACAGUCAUACAGGCUGAUCUAUCCUCGAGCUCCAGAUCUUUUCCCAGCAGACUUCAAGUUUGAUACCCCAGUAGACAAGCUACCACAGCUGUGAGAUUAUAGAGGGUUAAUUUCUGUUAACCCCCCCUCAAAAAACCAACAAAAACAAACUCUUUAUUUUUGCCUAUAAUAAAAGAUGUACAAAGUGUUAAUAUUGGGUCUUCGUGUUGUGGAACUGGAGGAUAUGGAGACGGAGCAUAACUGCUGGAAGGCAGCAUACAUUCCAAGGGUAAACAAGCUUAUUGUGUGGCAUUUUGUAUGUAUAUAUCAGUGGAAGUAAAUAUUUAAUAUCUGUUGCAACAAAUUUAAUUUGAUACUGUUGUACUUAUUUAGAUUUCUUUUGUAGGGAUCUAGUAAGAUGUAUUUUGGAGAAUUUAAAAUAUUGUGUAAUUACCAAAUAAACUUUUCCAAAAACACCA